GUGGUAGCCCUUGGGGACGUGCCUGAUGGGACCGUGGUAACGGUCAUGGCUGGUAAUGAUGAGAACUACUCGGCGGAGCUCCGGAAUGCCUCGGCCGUAAUGAAGAAUCAGGUGGCCAGGUUCAAUGACCUUCGCUUUGUCGGACGGAGUGGCCGAGGAAAAAGCUUUACGUUGACCAUCACAGUCUUCACCAACCCUACUCAGGUUGCUACCUACCACCGGGCCAUUAAAGUGACCGUUGAUGGACCUCGGGAGCCGAGAAGGCACAGGCAGAAGCUGGAAGAGCAAACAAAAUUCCAAGAUCGUUAUGGGGACCUGGAAAGGCUUCGGCACUCUAUGAGAGUCACUCCGACGACUCCCAAUUCUCGAGGGCCCCUGGGUGCCCCCGGGCACUUCGGAACACAAGCACAGAGCCAGAUCCAAGGUACCUCUGAACUGAGCCCGUUUCCCGACCCACGGCAGUUUGAUCGAUCCUUCUCUGCUUUACCAGGCCUCACCGAGAGCAGGUUUCCAGACCCGAGAAUGCAUUAUCCUGGUGCCAUGUCUGCGGCCUUCCCUUACACAGCGACGCCAUCCGCCACGGGGAUCGGUGGCCUGAGUAUGACCAGCAUGCCAACCGCCACCCGGUUCCACCACACCUACCUUCCCCCACCGUACCCCAGCUCCACCCAAAACCAGAGUGGACCCUUCCAGACCAAUGCCUCCCCCUACCACUUGUACUAUGGUGCAUCCUCCGGGUCGUACCAGUUCUCCAUGGUGGCAGGAGAGCGCUCGCCAACCCGGAUGCUACCCUCUUGCCCGAGCGCCACGGCAGGAAACAACUUGAUUAACCCCAGCCUCACCAGUCAGGCCGACGGCGUGGAAGCAGACGGUAGCCAUAGUAACUCACCUACAACCAUGACAACCACCGUGAGGAUGGAUGAAGCUGUCUGGAGACCCUAUUGAAAAAGGACUAGAAAGCCAGCCAUGUUCUACGCAAGUUGGUGGUUAAAGGAGAAAAGAACUGAAACAAGCUGCAAUUGGUGAUCCUCCCCAUUCUGUCCCCAGCUGGCAUCCCAAAGUGAGAUUGUUCUUGUCCAGAACAUAGAUAAUAAGAAAUGAAACAAGCACAGGAAGGUAGCAAUAGCUUGAAUUUGGAUACAUUUCAAAACAAACCUUCAUAGCUCCUUAAGGCUCCUUCAACAAAUGGUCAUUGCGGCCUUUCCCCACCUUGGGGUAUCCAGAUCGAUGGGGACUACUUGGAGUUGUUGCCUGCAUACACCUUGAAGGCUCUCGGCCACAAAAGGUGGUCUGUUGUGUCCAGAAUAGACAUAAGAAUGGGUAGAAAGGAAACGCUCUACUCUCUUGUAGCAACAUGGCCAAAUGUAGAAAGCUCUGGUUCAGCCUUCUCCAACUUAGCAUCUUCCAGACAGGUCAGAUUAUGACUUCCAACAUCCCCAGCCAGCAUUGCCACGCCAGCUUGGAGAUUAUGGGAGAUGUAAUCCAACACAUCUGAGGACACUGAGUUUGGGAAGGUUGCUCUUAGCAAUCAUCUCAAAGGCCACGCAAGGUUUCAAAUGAAUGAAUGGAUGGAUGCAUGAUGGAUCAAAGGUUCUUGAUAUUAGUCCCCUAAAUAAUGGAGCUGAUGACAGAGGACUAUGAAUCCAGGUCAGACUGAAGUCAGGAUCAGAAUGCUACCCUGUUUUACACUGCACAUACUUUCUACUCUCUAGGACAGUGCUUCUCAAC